AUGUUGUCGGUCGUCGGUAGACCUCUUGGCAGUCUGAGGGUUUCCGGUGCUCUGACUAAAGCCACAGUCGCUAUGGCAGACGCUCUGGCUAAAAUCCCCGUUGUAGAGAUUGAUCCAGAGGGAACCUUUAAGUACAUUCUGGUCAGAGUGAAAGUGAAAGAUGGCGAUGUGCAUAAAGACAUAGUCCGAGGCACAAAAAGUGCAGAGUAUCACAAUCAUAUAUUUGAGAAAGUCAGUCCAGCCAUGGAGGCCUUGGGGAUGGAGAGUAAAUGCCUCGGAGGAGGGAAGAUUGAGCACAACAGCCAAGAGAAAAAACUAAGGGUGUUUGGAGAAUCAACUGCAUUUGGGAAAGCAGACCAUUCUGUGUCUGCAGAGAAGCUGAAGAGUGCCUAUGGCGACUAUGAAGUCACCUGGUCUGACGACAAAAAAUAGAUUGAACCUGGGUCUCUAUUCAAUUAUCUGCCGUUAUUGAUAGUUCCAAUGUAAGAAUCUUGUACUAAUCGAUCCCUCUGUACAACCAUCAUUUAAUUCAAAUACAUCAUUCUGCAUUUAAACCGA